AUGCCCGCCCUUGACCUCGCGAAUCUGGGGGCGGUGGCGACGACGACGACGUACCACCGGCUGGUCAAGCGCAAGAACUGGGCUGCGCGCGAGCCCGGCGUCAUCCUCGUCUUCUGCAUCAUCGGCGCCAUCGCCAUCCUGCUGAUUUCUCUGUUCACCUGGAAGAAGAUCCAGCAGAGAAGGGUGGCCAAGGCUGGCUAG